AUGUCCACCUCCAGAUUGCCUAAUAUCCCCGCUCUGCGUAAACACCAACUUCUCCUGGAAUUUGCGAGUUUAACUCAUGCGGCCCCUCUAGGACUCUAUGUGAGCCCUGCUCCGAAUGAUCCCACUCUCUGGACGGGAGUUUUAUUCGUUCGUACUGGUCCAUAUGCUUCUGCUAUCCUCCGUUUCCAGAUCCGAUUUCCGCCUUCAUAUCCCGAUCUCCCACCUUUGGUGACCUUCUCUACCGAUGUAUUCCAUCCGUUGAUCGUUCCCCUUACCACAUAUACCUUUAGCACCAACGCUUCGAGCGAAGAUCCCGUCAGUGCUUCAGAUGAGGAGCGAUUACCGCCCGGCGGAUUCAGUCUCCGACAUGGAUUUCCCCACUGGUUUGGCCGAGGUAAACGAAAUGUGAUCAAUUCAGCGGACUCUUUGAGAGCCGUGAGUGUUAGUGGCUCCAAUACCGGUGGUGAUGCAGCCAGCAAAGACUUGACUCAGAACCCAAACGAAGCCUCUAGACCUACAUCUCCGUCGACGAAUCAAGCAGAUGAUGAUCGAGAGGAGAGUGCUACAUCAACACCAGCAGAGAAAUCCAUCGAGAUAAGGGAGAAUGUCCCGGUUACUGCCCUAUUAAAUUAUAUUCGCUCUACAUUCGAUGACGAAACAGUUCUCGACUCAUUGCCACUCGAAGCUGCUGGGAAUCCAAGCGCUUGGCAUGCAUGGAAGGCUCAUAGAAAAGAUAGUAGCAACGCGACCCUUACAACUAGCACUAAAAGAGGAAUCCCGCAGGCGCGGCUUCCUGGUGAUUGGCAUUGGGAUGGGAUUUGGGCCAAGCGAGUCCAAGAUGAGGUCGAAGCGAGUCAUUCGGAAGCAACAUUGUUUGGCAAUGCGACACGAAGCGGAGGAACUGAGGAUUUGGUAAGAACAGUCUCCCCUCACUUACAGAUUCGUUUUUCUCGAUUGGACGACACCACGCUGACCUCAGUUAAAGAGAUGAUAACCCCACGGGUGGAAGAAGCGCACCAUUAG